UCUUAUUCCCCUCCACCACUCAUUCACUUUAAAGAAAGCAAGAGAGAGAGAGAGAGAGAGAGAGAUUGAAGGAACAAAUGGUCAUAAUGGAACAACAAGAGAUCAAGUUUAUUGGGUUCAUUGGCAUCUUGAAACAAUCCUUCAGGAUCAUUUUCACAUGGAGAAAAAUCUUUAGCCAAAUAACCCUAGCUCUUAUCCUUCCCCUUUCCUUCAUCUUCCUUGCCCACAUCCAAGUAUCUCAACUCCUUUUCUUCAAGAUUCUUCUCAACCAAGAUACUUUAUAUAAUAAUCUACAAGAAGGCACACCAGAUUAUGCAAAACUCUCUGAUAUCAUCUCCUCUGAAUGGACUGUCUUUUGGCUCUUCAAGAUUGCCUACUUCACUUUCCUUCUUGUCUUUUCCCUUCUUUCUACUUCUGCUGUUGUUUAUGCAAUUGCCUGCAUAUACACUUCAAAGCCAAUCACCUUCAAGAAGGUUUUGAGUGUUGUUCCCAGAGUUUGGAAGAGACUUAUGGUCACUUUCCUAUGGAGCUUCGCUAUUGUUUUCGUCUAUAAUAUUAUUGCAGCAGUAGUGCUUAUCAUCUUGUUGGUUGUUGUUAAUAUAGGUAACAGUUCCAUUAAGUUUGUAUUCAUUGCAAUUCCGUUAAUCGUAUACUUCGUUGGCCUUUUGUAUAUUACCAUCGUUUGGCAUUUGGCUAGUGUGGUUUCUGUUUUAGAGGAGAUUUAUGGGAUCAAAGCAAUGAUCAAAAGCAAGAACUUGAUAAAGGGUAACAUUGGGGUUGCAGUAGCUCUUUUUAUUAUGCUUGGAAUUUGCUUUCUAGGGAUUCAGCUUCUGUUUGAGAUUUAUAUGGUGUUUGGCUGGCCAGAAGGGCUAGGAAUCAGAAUCGUGGUUGGAAUCCUUUGCUUGUUGUUGUUGUUUAAGCUGAUUCUUUUUGGGCUUGUGAUCCAAACUGUUCUCUAUUUUGUGUGCAAAUCCCAUCAUAAUGAGAAUAUUGACAAGUCCAUCUUAUCUGACCAUCUUGAGGCAUAUCUUGGGGAUUAUGUUCCUUUAAAGGCAGCCAACGUACAAAUGGAGCAAUAUCAAGCUUAGUUAAUACUAAUGAAGUUUUAUGUUUCAUCUGAAGUCUUUCUGGUGAUCAUCAAUUUGUCGUACAUUUAUAUGUAUGUGAUCUGGUUCUUGUCUAUAAAUGUAUGUAGUGCAUAGUUUUUUUCAA